AUGUCUACCACGUCAAAUAUGGAUCCUCCUCAGGCGGACGUACUUCAUAAAAGGAUAUUCGGAAGUCGCAUUUUUAUAUUAAAUCGACCAACUGCUUAUAAUGCUCUAGAUCUUAGUAUGAUCAGAAAAAUUACACCCCAAUUACAGGCUUGGAAUGAAUCGGAUUUAUGUAAAGUUAUUAUUCUUAAAGCUACUGGAAACAAGGCCUUCUGUGCCGGUGGAGAUGUUAAACGUGUCAUUGAAAAUGUAGAACAUGGCGAAGGUCAACAUGCUAUAAAAUUUUUUGAAGAAGAAUAUCAACUCAAUCAUCUUAUUGCCACGUUAGACAAGCCGUUUGUUUCAUUCUUAGACGGUAUUACCAUGGGUGGUGGUGUUGGACUUUCCGUUCAUGCCCCAUUUCGUGUCGCAACAGAAAACACUGUAUUUGCCAUGCCUGAGACAAAAAUUGGAUUUUUUCCUGAUGUUGGUGGUUCUUUCUUUUUGCCAAGGAUGGAUGGUGAA